AUGGUUCUCGUGCCCGGAUAUUUGGAAGACGCGGGAUUUCACCGCGAGUCCCAAGAUGAGGAAGAAGUCAAGGUCAUGAUAGAACCGAAGACUGAAUACCCACUGGAUGACCGACCGCCAGUGACACAAGAAGACAAAAAAGAGUCGAAGGUCCUACCGGACCUUGAUAGGGGUCCGUUCGAUUUGGUCAAGUUUUAA